CGAGCGUUUGACCAAUCGUGUUUAACGUAUGAUUCCGCUAGGGGGAGGGACUUUUCAAGAAACGCCCCCUCUAUUGAGCAGCACCCUGGCCUCAAACUCUUGCAUUUGUGAAGCAAGCAAUGUAUCAUUAGGUCAGUCCUUGUCACUGUGCGGCCCUGUUGCGCAAUCUCCUGCCUACUGCGCCGAACUUAUGGCCUUUCCCGGGCUUUACAGGACAGCAGGGAAAUUGUCAAGAAUCCUGGGUGCCAAUAAGUCACCAUGGGGAGCUGCUUUUUUGUCUUCAAGCUGUCCUCAUAUGGCUGUGGGCCCCGUGGAACCCCCUCUCACAGCAGAUCAUUGUGGCUUGUCCCGUUUGCCAUUUCCAGAUGUGACUUCUCAAGAUUUCGACUUCUUUCAACGUUUGCUUCCAGGCAGGGCUGUCACUGAUGAAGAUGACUUGAAAACAUAUAAUAUAGAUUGGCUACGCACUGUGAGAGGUAACAGCAAACUACUCCUAAGGCCUCAAAAUACAGAAGAGGUUUGCAAAAUAUUGAAGUAUUGUAAUGACAGGCAUCUGGCAGUAACACCUCAGGGAGGGAAUACUGGAUUAGUUGGAGGCAGUGUCCCGGUGUUUGAUGAGAUCAUCCUCUCCACUGCUCUUAUGGACAAAGUCAUCAGUUUUGAUCAGGUGUCUGGUGCCUUGGUCUGCCAGUCUGGAUGUAUUCUGGAGUCACUAAACCAGUACCUUGAAGGACAAGGAUAUAUAAUGCCACUUGACCUUGGGGCAAAGGGAAGUUGUCACAUUGGAGGCAAUUUAGCUACAAAUGCUGGUGGCCUAAGACUCCUUAGAUACGGUUCACUAAGAGGGACAGUCCUGGGGCUAGAAGCGGUGCUCCCAGAUGGCUCCGUCCUAAACUGCCUCAACUCACUUCGUAAAGACAACACCGGCUAUGAUCUGAAGCAGCUUUUCAUUGGCUCUGAAGGGACCCUGGGAGUAAUAACCGCUGUAUCCAUCCUCUGUCCUCGAAAGCCCAGAUCUGCCAAUGUAGCAUUGCUGGGUUGUGAAAGUUUCUCUAAAGUCCUGCAAGUCUUCACUCUCUGCAGGGAUCACCUUGGGGAGAUUCUAUCUGCGUAUGAGUUCCAGGACCUAGAGUCUAUGAGAGUGGUCCAGACACACCUGAAACUGACUAACCCUUUGCAAGACAGUGCAUUCUACAUAUUAAUAGAAACAGCUGGUUCCUGCGAGCAUCAUGACGAGGAGAAGCUCAAUGCAUUUUUGGAAAAAGCUCUGGAAUCUGGUCUGGUGACCUCAGGCACAGUAGCUACGGACCGAGGAAAAAUAAAGUCUCUAUGGGCCCUCCGAGAAUGUAUAACAGAGGCUCUUGCUCACGAUGGCUACGUGUACAAAUAUGACCUGUCCAUACCUGUGGAGAAGCUGUAUGAUUUGGUGGAAGAAACAAGGGCUCGAUUAGGCACAACUGCUCGACGAGUGGUAGGCUACGGACAUUUAGGUGAUGGGAACUUGCACUUAAAUAUCACAUCAGAGACAAAAAGCGAGUCCUUACUGGCUGCUUUGGAGCCCUUUGUUUAUGAAUGGACAGCUCAACACAAUGGUAGCAUCAGUGCAGAACAUGGCUUGGGAUUCAAAAAGAGAGAUCACAUCUAUUACAGCAAAUCCAGAGAGGCGGUGCAACUAAUGCAAAAACUCAAAAAGAUGCUGGAUCCAAAGGGCAUCAUGAAUCCUUACAAAACCAUACCAUCAGCUGACUAAUACAGACUGCCCAUCUUAUACAGUAUUAAAUUAUAUAAUUUACUGUGGAACUAAUUGAUACUGUCUACUUGAUGGACACAAGUUUCACAAUACUGAACACAUGGAAAUUAGCUCAUUAGCAGGAAUUAAAUAUUUUUAAUAAAGUAAGUAUUCAUUUAAAA